AUGCAUAUUGUGUUCUCAAGUGUCGAUCGUGGGGGCGAGGUCGUCAGCUGGGAGAAUCCGACCAACGUACCGCACUUCGCCGGUAAGCACCGUAUUAAAUUGCAUUUACGAGAGAAAUGCGAGAACUCAAAGACCCAGUGGACGAUACUGAGACCUGCCAGCUUUAUGGACAGCUAUAACCCUGGCAUGUUCGGGCAGAUGAUGGGCGCACUGAUUACUACGAUGCCAGCUGACUGUCGCAUGCAGUUUGUCAGCACACAUGACAUUGGUGUCUUCGCUGCGAAGGCUUUGCUCCACCGUGAUGCCUGGGCUGGCCGAGUAAUUGGUCUUGCAGGUGAUGAAAUGACACUACAGGAGACUGACAAGGUGUUUCGGCGAGUGACCGGACGCCCCUUGCCGAGGACUUGGUCUGUCGUCGGCCACGCUAUGAGGCGGUUUAUUGAAGGCGCACGAUCAAGUAUGGAGUUCUUUGAGAAGGAAGGUUUUCAUGUGGACAUUGCAUCAGCACGGAGAGAAGAACCUGGCUUACAAACAUUUGAAAUGUGGCUCCGCCAGAGCAGUCAAUGGAAGCUGUCAACUUCGGUAUGA